AUGAAGCUCAGCACCGCCCUGGGCGCGCUCGCCGCCGCGCUCGCGCUCGCGCUGCCCCCGACCGCCGAGGCCCGCCAACGCAUCCUGCUCUACACCAAGACGGCCACGUUCCGGCACGACUCGAUCCCCACGGCCAUCGCGCAGAUUACCGAGUGGUCCAACACGACCUGGCCCGGCUUUGACGUCGUCGCCACCGAGAACCAGUCCCUCUUUGACCGCGCCGGCUGGCUCGACCAGUUUGACGCCCUCGUCUUUGUCUCGACCUCGGGCCGCAUCCUCUCGCGCCAGGGGCAGCGCAACAUGAUCACCUACCUCCAAAAGGGCGGCGGCUUCAUGGGCGUCCACGAGGCGUCCGACUCGGUCUACCAGCCCUGGUACGGCCGCCUGGUCGGCGCCUUUUUCGACUACCACCCGGAAGAGUGCCGCGCAGAGAUGCUCGUCCAGCCCGAAGUCUCGUCCCACCCGUCCGUGUCGUGGAUCAAGAACGGAUCCUGGAUCGUCCGCGACGAGAUGUACAACUACCUCAGCGACCCGCGCAUCUAUGGCCGCCGCGUCACGCUCGCCGCCAACGAGUCGAGCUACCACGACCCCGUCACGUCCAAGGCCGACCGCGCCGCCGCACAGGGCUCCCCGCACCCCAUCUCGUGGUUCACCGACAACGGCAACAACCUCCUCAACCCCGCCUCCUACCACGUCGGCGGAAACACCGACGACACCGCCACCUCGCUCGACGCAGGCGGCGGCGACGGACGCAUGUUCUACACCGCACUCGGCCACUCGAACGAGACCUGGACAUCCAGCCCGGGAUUCAAGCGGCAUUUCCUCGGCGGCCUCGUCUGGAUCCUCAACUCGACCACCAUCCGGUCAUACUCUAGCGAAACCGACGCCUGGCGCGUCGGACAGCAGUGGGAAGAACGCCCGCCUUACGUCGCAGAACCCGACAUCGACGAGAAGCAGCAGGCAGACACGCAGAGCGCUGCCAACGCCACCACCAACUCCAAACAGCGCCACAGCGCCAACGCCGCCGUCGCCCUCGCCCCGCACGCGCCCCUUGCCUUUGUCGCCGGCGCAGCAUCCCUCGUCUCGGCCAUUGCCAUGUGGACCGCCGUAUAG